AUGAGUGCCCGGCUGGGCGGCGAAGACGAAACCGCGCCGGCGGACCAGCCGCUGUCGGCCCAGACGGUUGAUACGCAGUGUCCCUCCCCAGGGCUGGUUGGGUCCGGCGUCGUAACCGUCCCUAAUGGCAUUACGGGAUCGUUGGAGCUGAAGCGCGUGGCCACAGACGGGUCUGGGCUGGUCCCCGGUCCGGGUGUUGCUAAUCAGGGCGUUGCCACCAGCCACCGAGGACUCGUUGCUACCACAGAACCGGGUCGGCAGUUGCCACUGGUCGGCUUCGUUCCGUACAAGUACAUCGCUCUGUUCCUGCUCGUGGCGCAGACAGUGGCAGCCAUCUUUGUAAUGCGCGUCUCGCGCACUACCUACGCCGACCCUACGACCCCGUACCUUGUAACCACUGCCGUCGCCAUGGCGGAGUUGACCAAGUUUGUGUGUUCCGCGGGCCUCGUCCUGCGUGACGUAGAGUACUCAUUCGGCACGGCCUGGGCACAUAUAAAGACGGAGAUGAUCGACAACCCUCUCGGUACGCUCAAGGUGAGCGUACCCGCUUUUCUCUACACUCUACAAAAUAACCUCCUUUUCAUCGCACUCUCAAACAUCUCCGGCGCGGUCUACCAGGUUACAUACCAACUCAAAAUACUUACAACCGCCGUACUCUCCGUUCUCAUCCUCCACCGACGCCUCAGCAUAGACCGCUGGCUCUCCCUAGUCCUACUCACCUCCGGCGUCGCUCUCAUCCAACUACCCUCCGGCCAAGAGACCAAAGCUCAAGGCGACCCCGUGGUCGGCAUCUGCGCCGUCCUAGCCGCCUGUGUCACCUCCGCACUUGCCGGUGUCUACCUUGAAAAGGUCCUCAAGGACACCAAGACCUCCAUCUGGCUCCGUAACAUGCAACUCGGCCUCCUAGGCACCGCCCUAGCUGUCACAGGAGCCUUCUGGUCAGACUGGACCAAAAUUCGCCAACACGGGUUCUUCCAAGGCUACAACGCCGCCACCUGGGCAGCCAUACUCAUGCAAUCCGCAGGCGGACUCAUCGUCGCAGCCGUACUGAAAUACGCAGACAACAUACUCAAGUGCUUCGGCAACGCACUCGCCAUCGUACUCUCCUGCCUCGUCAGCUACUACAUCGUCGGAGACUACGUACCCACUUUCCUGUUCGCCGUGGGCACCCUCUUCGUCAUCACUGCCACCUACACCUACGGUGUCGACUACCCAAUUUUGUUCUACGCCGCCAGACCCAAAGUCCUACUCCGCCCCAUCUUGAAAAAACUCGUUCGCAAAACCGAAGCUCCUGCCGAGGAAGCUUCAACCGAUCCUCAAACCGUGUAA